AUGCAGAGAUUCGCAAACCUUUUAGACCGUGUACUUGGUCGAGGAAGGAAUCAAGAGGUUUUGUCAACAACUUUCAACCUUAAUCAAAUUCGUCAAUUACCUUGCACCGAUGAUGACCCGAAACCACAUGCGAGAAGUGGUCAUCGCAUUUUUACCGAUGAUGAUUAUAUCUAUGUCAUUGGUGGCUAUGACGUAGAACCAAGUGAUGGUGGAUUCAUCUUUAAGGAGCUUUGGCGCUACAAUCUUUUAACGAAAUGUUGGUCCCAAGUUUCACUCCUUCCUGGUCAACGUUUCCCGCAAGCACUCGCCUCGCAUGCAAUUGCGCCUGUUAUACCCUUGUCUCCCUAUAUUAUUUGCUAUGGUGGAUCACAGAUUCCAUUUGGUGAGACUAACUCCAAUAGCGUUUUUCUUGUGUCAGCUCUACGAAAUGGUAUUUCAAGCAUUGAGUUAAAUCAGAAGAGCCCUCGUCUGACCGGAAUUUAUGGCCACGCAAUGUGCUCAUCACAAAUUGAGGAUAAUGUGUUUUAUGUCGUGGGCGGCACAACGGGACACGACUACUUUUGUGAUGUUCACAAGUUGACGCUUGCUGCUGAUCACAGUUGCGAGUGGGAGCAACUCAAUAUGGGCAGUAGCAGACCUGGCCGUUAUCGACUAGAAGUCGCGCACGAUGAAAUCAACAAUAGACUGUUACUGCUUGGCGGAGGCUCGCCGGAUUUUGCUGAAGGAUUUGAUCAGAUUACGGUCUUCAAUUUGUCAACUAACUUGUUUGAAACGGUCACAACGAAACCUGAUGGCGACGAAUUCCCUACUCGAAGACGGUCUCACUCUCUCGUUAAACAUGGGCGCUUUUUAGUGAUGGCCGGCGGCUGCGCUCCAGCUAUUGAACAUCAACCAUUUCCUCUGGUUAUCCGUGGCGAUAUUUGGCGUCUGGAUUUAGAUACACUGCAAUGGACGCAACUUGGUUCUUUGCUUCCGCCUGUAUUUUUCCAUGAUGCCACUGUUACAAGUGAUGGAAUGAUGCUCAUUUGGGGUGGUGUAACUAGCGCAGAUUCGUCAACUCGUACUGCUGAAGGACAGUACAUGUGGUUGGCGCCUCCCACUUUGAAGACCCUUGCUGCUCAUCAAUUGGCCAAACAUUAUCCGGGCAUUUUUUGUCGAAAUGUCGAAGGGCCUCGAAUUACCAAUAUGAAAGAAAUAUGGAAUCAUCUUUCAAAUCACGUUUUUGAUGUCGACCCGAGCGAAGCAGCUUGU